AUGGCCGCGCCCGCGCUCCUCCCCCUCCUGCUCCUCCUCCUCACGCUCGCCCUGUCCUCCUGCGGCGGCGCGGCCGCCGCCUCCGGGGCUCCGGUCGGGGAGGAUUACGUCCGGCCGCCGGCCCGGCCCCGCGGGGGCCAGCGGAAGGCCCUCCUCGGCCUCUUCCCCUGGAGCAAGAAGAAGGCCUCCGCUUCCGCCUCCGAUCCCCAGCAGGUGCACAUUUCGCUAUCUGGAGAGAAGCACAUGAGAAUUACAUGGGUCACAGAUGAUAACUCUGUCCCCUCAGUUGUGGAAUAUGGAACUACGUCCAACACAUACACAUCCUCAUCUAAUGGAGAAAGCACGUCCUACAGCUACUUAAUGUACAGCUCGGGAAAGAUCCACCAUGUUGUUAUUGGACCUCUUGAAGACAACACUAUAUACUACUACCGAUGCGGAGGACGAGGUUCAGAGUUCCAACUUAAGACACCCCCCUCCCAGUUCCCGCUGUCAUUGGCUGUUGUAGGCGAUCUUGGGCAGACCAGUUGGACAACAUCAACAUUAAACCACAUUAAGCAAUGUGAAUAUGACAUGCUUUUACUUCCUGGUGAUCUCUCUUAUGCUGAUUAUAUGCAACAUUUGUGGGAUACCUUUGGUGAGUUGGUGGAGCCACUUGCUAGCACCCGGCCCUGGAUGGUGACACAAGGCAACCAUGAAAAGGAGAGGAUACCAUUUUUGAAGUCUGGAUUUCAAUCAUAUAAUGCACGAUGGAAGAUGCCUUAUGAAGAGAGUGGUUCCACAUCAAAUUUGUACUACUCAUUUGAGGUUGCAGGGGUGCAUGUUAUAAUGCUAGGCUCUUAUACAGAUUAUGAUGAGAGUUCGGAUCAGUAUGCUUGGCUUAAGGCUGAUCUUGCCAACAUAGAUAGAAAGAGGACCCCGUGGCUCGUUGUUCUGUUGCAUGUGCCAUGGUAUAACAGCAACUGGGCUCAUCAGGGUGAAGGUGACAGUAUGAUGAGUGCGAUGGAGCCUUUGCUACAUGCCGCUCAUGUGGAUAUUAUAAUCUCAGGUCACGUGCACGCUUAUGAACGCACGGAGCGAGUCUACAAAGGCGGGAUUAAUCCAUGUGGUGCUGUUCAUAUAACUAUCGGCGAUGGUGGAAACCGGGAAGGCUUGGCCCGCAGUACCAUAACCCGAAACCCCUCUGGUCGGUGUUCCGGGAAGCGAGCUUUGGGCACGGCGAGCUAA